AUGUUCGAUGAACAGCGGUUGGACGACUCGGGAGUUAUUGGACAAUUCGAGUGGUUGCAGAAAGAGGGCCUGGAUGUUCAACAGAGACCGAACAACAGUGAGGAAGUAGACAGUGGCACAUCAGAGGUUCUACACCAUGUCACGGAUACCAAUGAGGAGGCUAAUCUACCUACAGAACCCAGUACAGAUGAUAGCGGAGAUGAAAGCAUCGACUCCAGCAGUGGAAUCGGGACAAAAGUACCCACAGAACCCAGUGCAGAUGAUAGCGGAGAUGAAAGCAACACAAGUUCCUCCAGUGACUCUGUUCACACUCGUGAUGAUGACAAGGAUGACUGUCACAAUUCUGUACCCAAACAUGUCGCGGAAAGGGUAUCCUCUCCAGUCAAACAUAGUGUACCUAUCAAACAAAAAAGUACCAGAGUGGCUGGAGUCCAACAUGACCCUGAUACUGAACCAUGUGUAUCUGCUGAGCCAGAGUAUCAGUAUACAGAGGAUGCUGCCUGUUCUGGGACAGUAUGCACUGUGCCUAAUUCACCCACAACGCAAACCCAGGAGCCAGACUCUGAUGAGACCAAGGAGGAAGUGUCCGCUGAGACUCAGACCCAGGAGCCAGACUCUUAUGAGACCAAGGAGGAAGUGUCCGCUGAGACUCAGACCCAAGAGCCAGACUCUGAUGAGACCAAGGAGGAAGUGUCCGCUGAGACUCAGACCCAGGAGCCAGACUCUGAUGAGACUCAGACCCAGGAGCCAGACUCUGAUGAGACCAAGGAGGAAGUGUCCGCUGAGACUCAGACCCAGGAGCCAGACUCUGAUGAGACUCAGACCCAGGAGCCAGACUCUGAUGAGACUCAGACCCAGGAGCCAGACUCUGAUGAGACCAAGGAGGAAGUGUCCACUGAGACUCAGACCCCAGAAUCUGCUGAGACGCAAACCCAGGAGCCAGACUCUGAUGAGACUCAGGCCAAUUAUGUAGUGUCUGCUGAGACUGUGUCUGCAGAGACUCAGAAGCCAGACUCUGAUGAGACUCAGACCAAGGAGCCAGACUUGGAUGAGACUCAGACCAAGGAGCCAGACUUGGAAGGGACUCAGACCAAUGAGGUAGCGUCUGCUGAGACUGUGUCUGCUGCGACUCAGACCCCAGAAUCUGCUGAGACACAGACCGAGGAGCCAGACUCUGAUGAGACAGACCAAGGACCCAGGCUCUGAUGAGACUCAGACCCCAGAAUCUGCUGAGACACAGACCGAGGAGCCAGACUCUGAUGAGACAGACCAAGGACCCAGGCUCUGAUGAGACUCAGACCCCAGAAUCUGCUGAGACACAGACCGAGGAGCCAGACUCUGAUGAGACAGACCAAGGAGCCAGACUCUGAUGAGACAGACCAAGGACCCAGGCUCUGAUGAGACUCAGACCCCAGAAUCUGCUGAGACACAGACCGAGGAGCCAGACUCUGAUGAGACAGACCAAGGACCCAGGCUCUGAUGAGACUCAGACCCCAGAAUCUGCUGAGACACAGACCGAGGAGCCAGACUCUGAUGAGACAGACCAAGGACCCAGGCUCUGAUGAGACUCAGACCCCAGAAUCUGCUGAGACACAGACCGAGGAGCCAGACUCUGAUGAGACAGACCAAGGACCCAGACUCUGAUGAGGCUCAGACCCCAGAAUCUGCUGAGACACAGACCGAGGAGACAGACUCUGAUGAGACAGACCAAGGACCCAGACUCUGAUGAGGCUCAGACCCCAGAAUCUGCUGAGACACAGACCGAGGAGACAGACUCUGAUGAGACAGACCAAGGACCCAGACUCUGAUGAGACUCAGACCCCAGAAUCUGCUGAGACACAGACCGAGGAGACAGACUCUGAUGAGACAGACCAAGGACCCAGACUCUGAUGAGACUCAGACCCCAGAAUCUGCUGAGACACAGACCGAGGAGCCAGACUCUGAUGAGACAGACCAAGGACCCAGACUCUGAUGAGAUUCAGACCCCAGAAUCUGCUGAGACACAGACCGAGGAGACAGACUCUGAUGAGACAGACCAAGGACCCAGACUCUGAUGAGACUCAGACCCCAGAAUCUGCUGAGACACAGACCGAGGAGACAGACUCUGAUGAGACAGACCAAGGACCCAGACUCUGAUGAGACUCAGACCCCAGAAUCUGCUGAGACACAGACCGAGGAGCCAGACUCUGAUGAGACAGACCAAGGACCCAGGCUCUGAUGAGACUCAGACCAAGGAGGUAGUGUCUGCUGUACCCAAGCCCCAGUCUACAACUGAACCAUCGUUCCAACAACCUAUUAGUGAAACAUGUGAAAUGUCUCACAAUGUGCCUGAAUGUACAGUUGACCAUGCAAUUGUAUUAGCUGCGCCUGGGUAUCAAGAUAGGGCUGAUGAAGUUGUCUCUGCGACAGAGCACGUAACCAGGGCCAGGUGUGCUACCUCAAAGGAACCUGAGACUGCCGUGGAUAGCAUCACAGCCAUGUCUGGGUGUGAUACAUCAGAGGAGGUUGCUGCUGCCCUGGAUAGCAUGACAUGUGUCACGGGUACCGAGAGAGUUCCGGAUGAUAUGCUAACCGAUGUGGAAUAUGCAAACGCGUUUCAAGGGUGUGAAGUGUCUCAAUUCAAUGCUUCCCGAGCCGCAUUUCAGUAGGCCACAGUUGAACGUUGACUCUUGUCCAGGUUCAAUAUUUUCUGCUACAACCGAUCCCCUUCCCACUAUGAUACCACCUUCAAGCACCAUCUCUAAUGUGGUAACCCAGACAAGAGAUGUGGAACUCGACGCCUUCAAUGCCUGUAUUGGUGACAUGGACCCUCUCGGGUACCCAGACAACUCCAUGUUUGCUCUUGAGAGGGUCUGUGGUGAAUAUGUAUUUCAACAACAACAACAGUCGGCACAGCCUCUAGAGGCCCAGCAGGUUGAGGUGCAUCUGGAAACGUUUCAUCACGUGUCUCGACCGCAGCAGGAGGCCCGGGUCCUACAUCCCGAACAACCAGCAUCUCAAGUGCCUGAAAUGUCACAGCAGACUGUUGACAUACACGGGUUCAACGUGUGCAAACUCAAGCCAGUGACAUCUUUACAGUCGCAAAGGACAUUGUUCCCCACACCACCACAAUCCGAAGCGGCUGUCACCUAUGAAGAACCCGUGCCUGGUCCCAGCCGAUAUAACCUGGACAGCGACGGCGCCACCGUGUCGUCCAUUGCGAUGAUAAUCCAUGUGGUGAAACAGUUGAUUAUAUGCGGCACAUGUAAAAAAAGAAGUUCAACAGAGUGUUCAUCUGUAACAUCUACUCGAUUCAGCUGAACAGGCCCAUGCAAUGUGCUGGCAGCUGUGUAUUGUGCACACUGUGUUACAGUGAACAAAGUGGUUGUCGCCUACACAAUAUAUCGUCCACAAGGGCCGCUGUAACCACCACAGCCAACACCCUUGCAAAUUGCCCUGCUCUGGAGAAUGUAGGAGACUGGGAUCUGGAACUCAACAUAGAUGAUAUGUUCAAGACUGACAAGGAGGUCAACGUCCAUUUGCAGCUGAUUAUGAAUGAGGAGCAAUCCCCUGGAGUUGACACCCUGAAAAGAGCGUUCAACCAUCUCAUCACAGUGAAUGACACCAUGUCCUUCAGGUACUGGGUAAACGAAGCAAUGCCAGAAGAGGUGGCCUACAGAUAUGUCUGCAUCCCCCAUGUACCUGGAUUCUGGGAUCACGUUGUGGUGGGAACCCGUCCCCUUCCCAGAACGGAGAAGCUGAUCGGACCUGAUGACUCCCUACCGAGAUUGUUCAAUGUGUCACUUGGGUCCUACAGGUUUCAUUGGUGCCGAAACAGAUCAUUUUGACUAUGUGGUGCACUUCGUUGCCCAGGAGAGGGCAGUCUAAGGUAGUCACAGUUGUUGACAACACACUGAGAAACCUCACCUCGAGCAUAGAGUUUAGAAGAAUGGUAUUCUAUCUUUGUGGGUGGUUUACAGCUCAGUACGUGUCACCACAAGACAGGCGGCUUAACCUUUUGUUAGAUUGUAAACCCAGUUAAGGUGCUACUUUGGUCCAUGUCAUAGCUUUGUUGGCUUCCAGGAUUGGGAUGGAAACAGUAACACCUCACCUGGCCCAUCAACAGGCCAAAGAUGAUAGCAAUUACUGUUUCACUGGUAGGAAUGCCAAUAACAUGUUCACAUGCCCCUCAGAUGGUAAUUCAGGAGGUAAUUCCAUCGAUAUUGUUGAGGAGUUUAGCUCCUACCACAACAGUGGCGAUGAUGGUAUUGGUCUCACUCGCGUGUCCACAACCAUAGAGUAUUACAGUUUCCUUUAAAGUAGAGCAAUGAUGUUUGUAUAUUGUUACCAAUUUCACGUGUGUACGAUUUUAUACCGUACUUUAAUCGACCAUAUUACACCUGAGUAAUGUGUAUACCCUUUUGUACCUACCCUUUUCUACUUUUCUAUCAGCCAACUGUAUAUAUAUCU